CUCUCUCUCUCUCUCUCUCUCUCUCUCUCUCUUGCGCUCUCUCUUUUUCUCUCACAACCAGCCCCCUCCCAUCCAGUCCACCUGCCGGCGUUCCAUUUCUCCUCUUUCCUCCUCUCGCGCAAUACAGACUAUCCAUGGACUGUCCUUUCUCUCGGCCACUCGAGCAACAGGGUCACCCGGCAACUGGACCAAACCUGCAUCUCCCUCUCCAUCAGUCUCUUCUCCGCCACCGGCACCUCGUCCACCUCGGUGAUACCCCCCUCCCGGCACGUGCAGAGGAAUAGGAGGGGGGCUGGGGCGUGUCUUCUGCAAAUGAGCAAGAGAGCAAGCAAAUGUGAGUGUAGGUGAAAGUAAGAGAGAGGGAGAGAAAGUAAGAGAGAGGGAGAGAAAGCAAGAAAGAAGUGAGAGAGAAGAGAGGAGUAGGAGAAGCCGGAGUGUCCACUGGGGGAAGGAUGGUUUUGCCGGCGAUCGUGCAGCUCCUCCGAGUGUGUGUAUCCUGGGCAACUGAGCCCUGCCCCCUCUCGCCAUGAGCCUGGCCGUCCGUGUCUCCUGCUCCAUGCUCAACUGCUUUGGUGAGGAGGGGCCUCCCAGUCUGGAGUAUAUCCAGGCCAAGGACCUGUUCCCACAGAAAGAGCUGCUCAAAGAGGACGACAGUCUGCAGGUGCCUUUCCCAGCUCUUCAAGGGGAGGGGGUGGAGUAUCUGGGCCGUGCCGAUGACGCCAUCAUCGCCAUCUCUAACUACAGACUUCACAUCAAGUUCAAGGACUCUAUCAUCAAUACGUACCCAGGUGUGGACACUGAGAUCUCUGUGCCUCUGAGGCUGAUUGAAUCCGUGGAGAGCAGAGAUAUGUUCCAACUGCACAUCAUCUGCAAGGACUCCAAAGUAGUAAGGUGUCACUUCUCCACGUUUAAGCAGUGUCAGGAGUGGCUGAAGCGGUUAAACAGAGCCAUAGCUCACCCCGCCCGGCUGGAGGACCUGUUCGCUCUGGCAUAUCAUGCAUGGUGCCUGGGAGGCUGCGCUGAUGAUGAGGACCAGCAUCUGCAUCUGUGCAGACCAGGUGAACAUGUUCGUCACAGAAUGGAGAUGGAGGUGAAGAGGAUGGGCUUUGAUAUGCAGAAUGCAUGGAGAGUGUCCGAAAUCAACAGCAACUACAAACUGUGUUCCAGUUAUCCUCAGAAGAUGCUGGUGCCGGUGUGGAUCACUGAUAAAGAGCUGGAAAGCGUGGCUUCCUUCAGGUCCUGGAAGAGAAUCCCAGUUGUGGUGUACAGACACCAGAAAAACGGUGCGGUGAUAGCACGCUGCAGUCAGCCGGAGAUCAGCUGGUGGGGCUGGAGGAACACAGAGGACGAGUAUUUGGUCACCUCCAUUGCUAAAGCCUGCCUGCUGGACCCUGGGUCCCGGGCUGCCUGCACACCUGCCUGCCGGACUCGAGGAGAAGGACCCGACUCCUCCGACAGCGACUUCGACUCAUCCCUGACAGGUGGUCCUGGUCCUGAUGCCAACGCUGCACCACAGAAGCUGCUGAUUCUGGAUGCACGCUCCUACACUGCUGCAGUGGCCAAUCGAGCCAAGGGGGGCGGCUGUGAGUGUGAAGAGUACUACCCAAACUGUGAGGUGAUGUUCAUGGGCAUGGCAAACAUCCACUCCAUCAGGAACAGUUUCCAGUCUCUGAGAGCAGUGUGCAGUCAGAUUCCGGAUCCUGGCAAUUGGCUGUCGGCUCUGGAGAGCACUCGCUGGCUGCAGCACCUGUCAGUCAUGCUGAAAGCUGCCACUCUGGUGUCUUCAGCGGUGGAGAGGGAGGGGCGCCCAGUUCUGGUUCAUUGUUCGGAUGGAUGGGACCGCACCCCCCAGAUCGUGGCUCUUGCUAAGCUCCUGCUGGACCCCUACUACAGAACUAUUGAGGGUUUCCAGGUACUUGUGGAGACGGAGUGGCUGGAUUUUGGCCAUAAGUUUGCAGACCGCUGUGGCCACGGGGAGAAUGCUGAGGACGUUAACGAGCAGUGUCCGGUCUUCCUGCAGUGGCUGGACUGCGUCCAUCAACUCCUCAAGCAGUUCCCCUGCCUGUUCGAAUUCACUGAGGCCUUUCUGGUGAAGCUGGUGCAGCACACAUACUCGUGUCUGUAUGGUACGUUCUUGUGCAAUAACGCUCGUGAGCGAGAGGCUCGAAACAUCUACAAGAGGACCUGUUCUGUCUGGUCCCUGCUCCGUGCCGGCAACAAAAACUUCCAGAACUUUCUCUACAUCCCCUGCCAUGAUAUGGUACUGCAGCCGGUGUGUCACACGCGAGCACUGCAGCUGUGGACCACCGUUUACCUGCCCACCUCAUCUCCGUGCACGGCAGCCGAAGACGCCAUGGAAAUCUACCUAAGCCCCUCCUCUCAGGGGGAGGAGCUCACCUCACGCUCACUGGAUAGGCUUCCUAAGACCAGAUCAAUGGACAAUCUGGUCUCUGCUUGUGAGAAUGGCGUAACCCUCACUCGCACCUCCAGCGACCCCAACCUCAACAAGCACUGCCAGGAGGACCGUCCACCCUUGGAACCGAUGACCGGCCAGGGAGGUGGAUCGACGGACAGCCCGGAGGACACCUCCGACACUGGGCUGGGCAGUGAGGACCAGGAGGUGGAGACCUAUGAGGAGAGCCCUCCCUCAGCAUCUCCUGAACCCACUGAGAACGGCUGCAUAGAUAUGAAAGUGGAGCCAUGUUUAACAACACAGCCUUUGCCAUCCCUGUCGCAUCCUUUAGCAUUAGAACAGGCUCCUCCCGUGCCCUGUCAAGACCUGCCAAUUAUACACCAAGCCCUGCCUCAAAUCACAAGCCCUCCCUUUCCACCUUUGCCACAGGAAUUGCAUGCUAGGACAGUGAGUGCCGCUGACCCAAUUGCUGUUAAUACAGCAGAUCCAGUUAACACUCAAUUGUGUAAUGGUGUGGAGAAGCUUGAGGGCAGCAGUGAGCCACCUAUCUUCCCCUCACCUAGUGCAGUUGAGCUUUUGGCCAUUAAACAACUUCCUUCUCUUGCCCCAAUGGAGGAUUCUACAGAGACACUGACCGAGCAAGGCACCACCCAGCCUGAACUUCAGCCAGCUCGGAAAGCUAGCGCUGGUAAGGCCCAGGUUUUGGCCCAGAUUUCAGCUCAAAGCUCAGCUCAAAGCUCAGCUCAGAGCUCACCCCAGGUUUCAUCCCUGGUGCCAGCCGAUGAAAGAAGGACUCAAAACAUAAGAGGCACUGAGCUCAUCCAAUUAAAAGCCACAGCGGCUGCCGCCGACUACACACGAGCAGCAAGGCGUCUAAUCUCGCAGAGCCAGCUCACAGACCUCUCCCUGCUGGGUUCGCACUGGGACAGCAUGCAGGGCCUAGUCCAGUCAGCCUGCGGGGGAACCCUCCAGCAGGGCAGCUUGCAGGGUCGUCGUCUAGCGAACAAGCUCCUCCGUGCCCACGGAGAGAGCUCCAGCAAUGGUCCCUGCUGCCCUCCGCGCUCUCCUGGCAGUCCGGUUCAGAACGGCUGGAUCUCAGCUGUUAAAAACACCAGCUAUGCUGCGCUCUACGCUUCGACGGCCUCGUCUUCAGCUUUGGGACCAUCCUUCCGCCAGAUACUGCCGGCAGCCCACUGCGCACCCUUUUUCGGGGGCUCCCCAGGCAUGCUCCAGGCUCCAGCUUACCUGGACAAUGACGGCUUGCCGGUGGCCGUGGACGCUGUCCAGCAGCGUCUGCGCCAAAUCGAGGCCAGCUACAAGCAGGAGGUGGAGGUGCUGCGGCGGCAGGUCAAGCAGCUGCAGAUGAAGCUGGAGAGCAAGCAGUACUGCUCGCCACCGUCUGAGCCUGACGUGGACUACGAGGACGACAUAACAUGUCUGAGAGAAUCAGAUGACAGCGAUAAGGAGGACUCUCUGUCGGACCACAGCGAGGACCGCCUCAGCGAGGGCAGCUGGGACCGCGUGGAGAGGAAGGAUACCGAGGUCAGCCUCCCUCAUAGCCUCCUUCAGGUCACCAGGUGGGUACCAGACCACAUGGCCUCACACUGCUUCAACUGUGACUGUGAGUUCUGGAUUGCCAAGAGACGCCAUCACUGCAGGAACUGUGGGAACGUGUUCUGUAAAGACUGCUGCCACCUGAAGCUGCCCAUUCCAGAUCAGCAGCUGUACGAUCCGGUGCUGGUGUGCAACACCUGCUACGACCUGCUGCAGGAGAGUCGCACGCGAGAGAUCCGCUCACAGCAGCUCAAAAAGCCCAUCGCUACGGCCUCCAGCUGAGCACACCAGUUAACCUCCUCAGUCACAUCAUGGGCUGCCCAGGCCCUCCUUGCAUAGGUGCCCUUUAGAGGUGCCUGAUGUUUUUGGCAGAGGCGCCCUGCCCACACUGCUUUGUGAGGGAGAGGAUGUGGGUAAGGAUGAUGAGGAGGAGACGGACUCAUGGGUCAUUAUGAGCUUGAAGUGCUGGGAAGAAGGGGCAUGGACAGGACUGAGAGAAAGAAAGGACGGACAGAGGGACAGACGGACAAACAGACAAAAGGAUGGAGUCUGUAAGAGAGAGAGACACAAGGAAGGCGUGGUGUGUGGUGGAGUGAUGGGUUUUUUAAUCACAUGGAGAUAAACUGAACUGAACUGACUAAUCCGUCUGGUUAAGCUGGUGGAGCCAUCAGCGACAGGUUGCCAGCGUCCUGCUGGCUAACGGCAUUAGUCCACCAGGUGGCGACAAAGCUACACUAAAAUACCCCUCCCUCAAUUAUUAGAGACUGAGAGGGACUUUUACAUCUUGGAAAAUCAGUCAUAUAUACAUAUACUCACAGCCCUACUGUAAAAACCUGUUCGUCACACAGAUUUACCCACCUGUUAAGCUUGUAUACACACACGUAUACACCCAAACACACAAACAAACACAAACCCCCCCUACACACCUCAAAGGACAAUCUCUCUCGUCUGCCCUCGAAGCCGGUGGCUCGGGUGCCCUGUGCUCGUCCUACCCGAGGCUUUAUAUAAAAGAAAAAGAAAAGAGAUCGCUGCUGCUACAGUAUUUAAACAGAAUUAUAAUUUUUUAUCCUUACUUUUGUGCACUAUAAGCUGUUGUAAAUUUGGAGGGAAAAAAUCCAAGAGACCAAACCCAAGCAAAAGGGAGAAAUACCCGCGGUUUGUUUACUCGCUGUGGUCUGUUCCGGUGGGCUGUGCCUGUGCUAAGCUUGAAUGUCGUGUUUUUUUUAUUUUGAUUUGUUUUAUGUUUUGUACGUGAGCUUGGGAGUUACUGAGAAGACAUGUUGCCAUUUGACGCUGAUCCGAGGCCAGUUUUGUAUGUAUUUUUCGUAAGGGUUCGUAAAAAGCGAGGAGGGAUUAAGAUUAAGAGGGUCUCAAGCCUCAGAUCAGUGCAAAAGCGUUUCCGUGUAAGAGUUUAAAUGGAGAACGUUUAUCAUCACUGUCCACAAAUGCAUCUGUCUGGUGGGUCGCGUUCUUCUUGUCCCUUUCUGCUUUGUGUAACGAAAACAAAACGAUGAAAAAAAAAAAAGUUAUGCACCACAUUUUUCUGGACACUACGUGAUUCUGUAGCAAUGUUCUACUGUUCCUCCUAAUCAAGGAAUGACUCGAACAUCAACUAACAAAAAAAAGUUGAGUUGAGGGUCAAAACCAAGAGCCAUUGUGUUGUUUGGACAUGAGGUAAUGUUUUAUUUCGUGUGUGUCCCUAAAUCGGAACAUUACACAAUAGCAUUAUAUACUCAAAACCAUGAUCUUCUUUAUUUUCUUGUGCUUUUUCUAUCAGAAAUGGUUCCUUGAGUUUUUGCUGUAUGUGCAUUGUUUAAUGUUGUUCCUUGAAAUAAUAGUGCCAUUUAUUUUUCUUUUUGUAUGAUUUUCUUUUUCGCCUUCAUUUCUCAUGAAAUACACCGUGUUACCUACCAGUAACGGUUUAUCAUGUUUAAAAGGUACAAAUAGUUAGCUAGCUAAUGAGUAUUUUCUGAGGUUCCGGUCAGGAUCCACAAUGUCUAAUGGCUUUCUUUCAAAUGGCAAAAAUGAUGAAGGAACGUUUUUGAUUUAGAGAGGUAAAAAAUAAUGAACCCAGAAGUGUAAUAUAUACUUAUCUGUACUAGUGGCUCAAACCUGUCACUUAGUGAAUAAUUGAUGUAAAGAAAUGCACUGUUCAAGUCAAAUCCCAUGGGUUAAAUAAAAAUAUAUGACUAUGA